CGAAAGAGAGGGCUGUGGUUGGCGAGGGCAGGCGGGAGGGCCGGGCAGGAAGCGGCUGGGCUGGAAGCUCCUCCCCGCGGAGGUUUCUCAUGUUUUACAGUAAGACUUGUCAGGAGUGGGAGGAGCUGCAGCUAAACUUUGCAGAGACUGACUAGGCGGCUCCUCUUAGCGCAGCUGCUGGAAGCUCCCUACUGUUCCUGGUGGAUGAUUCAGCAAAAAUGGACUCAAAACAUGAUCCUCAUUCAGGCACCUCUUCUGCUCAGCUUGGAAGGUCCCAGCUAAAUGCAGCAACUGCUGCAGAAGGCCAAGGUGAGGGAAAUCGGAAACCACAACCUCCUUCUGGAGGUCCAGUUGCCUUGUCUGCUUUUUCCGCUUCAGGUGCCAGUUCCCCGAACAGUAGAGAGAGAGCUGAGAGGAACGAGACGAUAAUGGAAGAACCAGAAGUGCUCUUUGAAGAACUGCUUGAAAGAGCAAAAGCUGGGGAACCCAAAGCACAGACAGAGGUGGGGAAACGCUACUUGAAGCUAGCAGAAGAGCAGGAUGAGGAGCUGAACAGUUGCAGUGGAGUUGAGUGGUUGAUUCUUGCUGCCAAGCAGGGACGAAGAGAAGCUGUUAAACUGCUACGGAGAUGCUUGGCAGACAGAAAAGGCAUCACUUCAGAGAAUGAGCAAGAAGUGAAGAGAUUAUCAUCAGAAACUGAUUUGGAGAGAGCUGUGAGAAAAGCUGCUUUAGUCAUGUACUGGAAAUUAAACCCAAAGAAGAAAAAGCAGUUGGCUGUUUCAGAACUAUUAGAAAAUGUUGGCCAAGUUGAUGGUGAAGAUGGCGAGAAACAGCCUGGCCCAAUUCCAAAGUCAGUACAGAAACAAAGAAGAAUACUGGAACGACUGGUGAGCAGUGAAUCAAAGAACUAUAUUGCCAUGGAUGACUUUGUUGAAAUAACUAAAAAGUAUGCAAAGGGUAUCAUUCCAAUGAACCUAGUGGCGCUGGAUGAUGACGACGACGAACUGGCAGGGAGGAGUCCAGAAGAACUUCCACUCCGACUCAAGGUCAUAAAGUAUCCACUUCAUGCCAUUAUGGAAAUCAAAGAGCACCUCAUAGAGGUUGCAUCUAAAGCAGGAAUGCAUUGGCUGUCCACUAUUAUUCCAACACACCACAUCAAUGCUCUCAUAUUCUUCUUCAUCAUCAGUAACCUGACAAUUGACUUUUUUGCCUUCUUUAUCCCUUUAGUUAUCUUCUAUCUCGCCUUCAUUUCCAUGGUGAUUUGCACCUUGAAAGUAUUCCAGGACAGUAAAGCUUGGGAAAACUUCCGCACUCUCACUGACUUGCUGCUUCGUUUUGAGCCUAACCUAGAUGUUGAAGAAGCAGAAGUGAACUUUGGUUGGAACCAUUUAGAACCUUACCUUUACUUCCUGAUCUCAGUAUUCUUUGUCAUUUUUUCCUUUCCUGUAGCAAGCAAGGACUGGAUACCAUGCUCAGAGUUGGCGACAAUCUCCGUGUUCUUUAUGGUGACAAGUUACAUGAGUUUGGGCACGAGUGCCGAACCCUAUACGCGGAGGGCGUUACUGACAGAAGUUGCUGCAGGCACCCUCUCCUUGUUGCAGAUUGUGCCUGUAAAUGUGGGCCAUUUGAAAGUCCUGGGGAAAACCUUUUACAGCAUCCCUCUUGGCCACUUUUUUGUACUGAAUGUGAGCAUCCCUUGCCUUUUGUUUUUGUACCUGUUUUAUCUCUUCUUUAGAAUGGCACAGUUGCGGAACUUUAAAGGCACAUAUUGCUACCUGGUUCCUUAUUUGGUGUGUUUUAUGUGGUGUGAACUCUCGGUGGUUAUUUUGCAUGAGUCAUCUGGCAUUGGUCUGAUUCGUGCCUCAGUUGGUUAUUUUUUGUUCUUGUUUGCGCUUCCUAUACUAAUGGUAGGCAUUGCCCUGAUGUGUGUCGUCCAUUUCAUAAAAUGGUUCAUAACAUUAGACCUUGUGAAGAUUGUGGUAACCCUUGUGUUAUGUGCUAUUCCUGUGUUUUUCCGAUGGUGGACAAGGACCAGCUUCUUUGUGGUUGAAGCGUUUAAAUCCCUCACAAAGAGCUCUAUUGUUAAACUCAUUCUGGUAUGGAUUACUGCCAUAAUGCUGUUUUGUUGGUUUUAUGUGUACCGCUCAGAGGGGAUGAAAGUAUAUAACUCCACCCUGACGUGGAAUCAGUAUGGGUUUUUAUGUGGACCGCGAGCUUGGAAGGACACAAAUAUGGCACGCACCCAGAUCUUAUGUAGUCAUCUAGAGGGCCACAGAGUGACAUGGACUGGACGAUUCAAAUACGUUAGAGUUACUGACAUUGACAAUAGUGCAGAAUCUGCUAUAAACAUGCUUCCCUUUUUCAUUGGUGACUGGCUGAGAUGCUUGUAUGGUGAAACCUAUCCAGUGUGUGACCCGAAAAACCUUACCAUGGAAGACGAGGAACUCUGUCGUCUAAAGUAUCUGACAAAACAUGACUGUCACAUGAAAAGGUUUGACCGGUAUAAAUUUGAAAUAACGGUGGGCAUGCCUUUGAACAAUGCAAGUGGAAGUAAGACUAGAGAGGAGGAGGAUGUAACCAAAGAUAUUGUGCUGAAGGCAAGCAACGAGUUUAAUAAAGUGCUGGUUAAUUUGAGGCAAGGGAGUGUCAUUGAAUUCAGUACCAUUCUGGAAGGCCGUCUUGGCAGCAAAUGGCCCGUAUUUGAACUGAAAGCCAUCUCGUGCUUAAAUUGCAUGUCUAAACUCUUGCCUGCAGGAAGGCAUGUGAAAGUAGAGCAUGACUGGCGAAGCACUGUUCAGAAAGCUCUCAAGUUUGCCUUUGAUUUUUUCUUAUACCCAUUUUUGUCAGUUGCAUGUUGAGCUUUAAAUGAAAUAUUUGCCUUGCCACAACCAAAGAGUUGGUUUAAAAGCAGCUGCAACAGCGUUCGAGAUGAAUGCUAAUUGUUUUGAGUACUGCAUUGUGCGUCAUGCACAGUCUUAGUAAUUCCUGUGCUGCAGAGAGAUUUAUAUGUAUGACACUAACUCCUAUCUGCAUACUAAAGCAUGAAUAGUGUUUCCUACAGGAGUUGGCUUCACUAGCUGAUGUUAAAAGCACUUUAUUUUUCAGAUAAUUAAUCACUUACGUUCUUGUAUUCUUAAAGUUGACCUUGUGAGUGACGACAAACCCUAGUGCCAAUCAUGCAGAGGUCCCUCAGAAAAUAUUAACUGUGCCAUGUGGUUGAAUGUCUGUCUACAUUAAACAGAGCUGGCCUGAAUUACACUGCAGGCUGGAUAACCAUUCUGAGGAGGACAGGCUUUCAUCCAGUCAUCAGUUUAACUGUUGUUGGAAGUACUCCUCACUAGGAAAGAAAAAAUGUUGCAUUAAAAUAGUAGGAUGAAAAGCAAUGGGAAGUCUGGCUAAGGAAAAACAAUGUACAGUAUAGCAGUUUGUCCUGGAAGUGGAAGUAUCUGGUCAAUGGUCUGUACUUAUAAAUACAAAUGUGAAAUUAAACAAGGAUUCAAAUCUA